AUGAGUGCCGGGUUUGCCGGGGCUGGGGAAGACUCGGUUCCAAGCGAGAGUCCUGCUGUAAUAACGGCAGAGCGGCAGACCGAGAUUACUAAAGCUGUCAAGGAAGAGAGCAAGAGUGGACUUGAACCCGAGGAAGAUCUCACUAUCUUAACCAAGGGGUCUCACUACUGGGAAUUGUCCUCCAUGGCGCCGCUCAAUGCCGUGUCGGCGGCCGCCAUCGCCCGGCUGCGCGCCUACCGCCCGCCGCCCUUCCCUCUAUGGGAUCGUCUGCCGCUGAGCCGCCGCGCUGCCGUCCUUAUGCUGUUGUAUGCCGACAAGCGUGGCGACCUGCGCGUGGUGAUCACAAUGCGCGCGGCCAGUUUACGGAGUUUUUCGGGACACGCCGCCCUCCCUGGCGGUAAGGCCGACUCGCUGGAUGAGACACCCUACCAAAUCGCCCGCCGCGAAGCCUGGGAAGAAAUUGGCCUGCCCAUGGACGACUCCAAGAUUCCUCCCCCCUUCCGCAUUGAGCAUCUAUGCUACCUACCCAUGAACCUGGCGCGCAACGAGUUAGUCGUGCGGCCGUGCGUCGCAUUCUUGCAUACCGCUCCCGAUCCGACAACGCCUUCCGCAACCCCAUCGCCAUCCUCUUUCCCUUCUUUAAACCAGGGGCCUCGUUCACCAACUACUCAGUCCCCGGCAGCGCUGUCCCCCUCAUCCUCAGCCAGCUCUUCGAAUCCAACGAAACUUUCCAAGAAGAACACCGCGGACCUAACAGUGGAAGAUUCCCUCAUCCCACGCCUCGAUGCCAAAGAAGUCGCCGCGGUCUUCUCGGCCCCCUUCCACAACUUCCUCCGCGCGACAGACGAACCGCCUGCCAGUCCCGAGGACGGCCCCCUACCCCCCGGGAAAUGGUACGAAGGCCAAUGGGCCACCUGGCACGACCAGGCGUGGCGUAUGCACUUCUUUUACGUGCCGGUGUCGAACCAGAAGGUUGUUAGGCCGAGUGUCAAAGGGCGAAAAUCUACUACUACUACUCCUACUGCUCCUACUCCUGAAGCUAAUGGGAACGGGGAUGGAGAGAGAGAAGAGAAGAAAAGCCAGGAGCAGGAUGAUGAGUUGGAUGCACCAAGGUAUAAAGUGUGGGGAAUGACGGCGCGGAUCCUGGUCGAUGCGGCGACCAUUGCGUAUGGGGAGCAGCCCGAGUUUGAGCAUAAUCGACAUUUUGGAGAUGAGAAGAUUAUUGUGCAGUUGGCGGAGCAGGGGAGGCUGGGGCCUAAGAAGCGGGAGAGGGACGCGGCGGCUAAGGAGAAGGAGAAGGACGGGGAGAGCAAGAAGCAGAAGGGGAUUGAUGGGAGUGAUGGCGGGGAGUCGAGUAAAAUGUGA